CUCCCCCCCGCCGCCGCGCCGUGCCCGGGGUGUCCCCGCCUCGCAGCACAGCCCCGGCCCCUGGGUGUGUCCCCUCGACGUGUCCCCAUACACAGCCAUGGCCCCAUAUCCUGGACGUGUCCCCCCAGCCCUGUCCCCUCGACGUGUCCCUUACCCCCAGCCGUGUCCCCCACUGGUGUCACACCGACCUACCCCACACCAUGUCCUAGUCCCUAGCCACAUCCCCUCGACGUGUCCCCAUACACAGCCAUGGUCCCUAUAUCCUGGACGUGCCCCCAGCCCUGUCCCCUCGACGUGUCCCUUACCCCAGCCCUGUCCCCCACUGGUGUCACCCCUGCCCACCAAUGAUCUCCCACUGUGUCCCCGGACCCAACCCUGUCCCCUCGACGUGUCCCCAUACGCAGCUGUGGCCUCGUACCCUGGAUGAGUCCCCUCAGGCACGUCCCCUGGACGUGUCACUGUCCCCUAGACGUGUCCCCAUCCCCAGCCCUGCCCCCUAGACGUGUCCCAUACACACAGCCCUGCCCCCUGGACGUGUCCCCUGUCCCCAUCCGCGCCCCCCUGGACGUGUCCCCAUCCCCAGCCGUGCCCCCCCCCCGUUGUGCUGCCGCCCCCCCCCUCGGUCCCGACGCCCUCGCUUCCCCCCCGCGUUCCCGCUCCACGUCGCGGGGCCACCCCCGGGCGCGGGUGGAGGCGGCUCCGCCUCGUCCCUGCCCCGGAGCGCCGCCGCCGUGCCCGUCAGCGGGGAUUAGCGGGGCCGGGGGGCGGCGGGGCCGAUGCGGGGCGGCGGCGGCCGGCGGGCACCAUGAAGGACCGGCUGGAGCAGCUGCGGGCGAAGCAGGAUGCAGAGGACGAUGCCGACGAGCUGGAGAUCGCCGUGGACAACACGGCCUUCAUGGACGAGUUCUUCGCCGAGAUCGAGGAGACCCGGCAGAACAUCGACAAGAUCUCGGAGAACGUGGAGGAGGCCAAGAAGCUCUACAGCGUCAUCCUCUCAGCACCCAUCCCCGAGCAGAAGACCAAAGACGAGCUGGAGCAGCUCACGGCCGACAUCAAGAAGAUGGCCAACAGCGUGCGCAACAAGCUGAAGAGCAUGGAGAGGAACAUCGAGCAGGACGAGGAGCGCUCCUCCGCCGACCUGCGCAUACGCAAGUCCCAGCACUCGGUCCUGUCUCGGAAGUUCGUCGACGUGAUGACCAAGUACAACGAGGCGCAGGUCGACUUCCGAGAGCGCAGCAAGGGCCGGAUCCAGCGCCAGCUGGAGAUCACCGGCAAGAACACGACGGACGAGGAGCUGGAGGAGAUGCUGGAGAGUGGGAACCCCGCCAUCUUCACCUCGGGGAUCGUGGACUCGCAGAUCUCGAAGCAGGCGCUGAGCGAGAUCGAGGGGCGGCACAAGGACAUCGUGCGGCUGGAGAGCAGCAUCAAGGAGCUGCACGACAUGUUCGUCGACAUCGCCAUGCUGGUGGAGAACCAGGGAGCCAUGAUCGACCGCAUCGAGAACAACAUGGACCAGUCCGUGGGCUUCGUGGAGCGCGCCGUGGCCGACACCAAGAAGGCCGUGAAGUACCAGAGCGAGGCCAGGAGGAAGAAGAUCAUGAUCAUGAUCUGCUGCAUCAUCCUCGCCAUCAUCCUGGCCGCCAGCAUCGGGAGCAUCUUCGCCUGAGAGGCCCCGCACGCUGCCUGCAGCAGGUGGCUUCCCCCUCCUGC